UCUCCAGUCGCUGGGCUAAUCAGAGUGCAUCUUUACUCCGCCAUUUUGUAGGGGUAUAAGAAAACUCGGCCAGACUGCACACUCGCUGCUCUGACCUGUAGUUCUGUAUUGUGCAAUGGACGGCCGUCUAGAGACUGAUUUGUAUCCUAUGGGAUCUAGUUACGCUACGGAAAUAGACAGUGUCCACGAUAUUACAGUUGGUACAAAGAGAGGAUCUGACGAGCUUUUUUCCUCUUGUGUCUCUAACGGACCCUAUAUCAUGAGCGCUUCUGGACCAGCGAAUGGAAACGACACCAAGAAGUUCAAAGGUGAAAUCCGGAGCCCGGGAAUCCCGUCCCGCGUCAUACACGUGCGCAAGCUUCCCAACGACAUCAACGAGGCCGAGGUCAUCUCCCUGGGCCUGCCCUUCGGCAAGGUCACCAACCUGCUGAUGCUGAAGGGGAAGAACCAGGCCUUCCUGGAGAUGAACACGGAGGAGGCCGCGCAGACCAUGGUCAGCUACUACGCCUCCUUCACCCCCGUCAUCCGGAACCACCCCAUCUUCAUGCAGUACUCCAAUCACAAGGAGCUGAAGACCGACAACUCGCCCAACCAGGUGAGGGCUCAGGCGGCCCUGCAGGCGGUGAACGCGGUCCAGACGGGCGGGAUGGCGGGCGGGAUGACCAUGGCCGCCGUGGCCGACCCCGGCAGCAUGGGCGGACACAGUCCGGUCCUGCGCAUCAUCGUGGAGAACCUGUUCUACCCCGUCACCCUGGACGUGCUGCACCAGAUCUUUUCUAAGUUUGGCACAGUUUUGAAGAUUAUCACGUUCAGAAAGAAUAACCAGUUCCAAGCCCUGCUGCAGUAUUCUGAUGGCUUGACGGCGCAGCAUGCUAAACUGUCUCUGGACGGGCAGAACAUCUACAACGCCUGCUGCACCCUGCACAUCAACUUCUCCAAGCUCACCAGCCUGAACGUGAAGUACAACAACGACAAGAGCCGGGACUACACGCGGCCGGACCUGCCCACGGGCGACAGCCAGCCCACCCUGGACCACCACGCCAUGGCUGCCGCCUUCGGUGAGACGCUGCACUCCUGGGCCCCUGGGCUGAUCUCUGCCAACCCGUACGCCGGAGCGCACGGCUUCCCUCCCGCCUUCGCCAUUCAGCAGGCAGGGCUGUCUAUCCCUGGGAUGCCGGGGGCCCUGGCCUCCCUGGCCCUCCCCAGCGCUGCGGCUGCUGCAGCCGCCGGCCGGCUGGGCUUCUCUGGCCUCACCGGGGGCCACUGCGUUAUGCUCGUCAGUAACCUGAACCCUGAGAGAGUUACACCCCAAUGCCUCUUUAUUCUUUUCGGUGUAUACGGUGAUGUCAUGAGAGUAAAAAUCCUCUUCAACAAGAAGGAGAAUGCCCUGGUGCAGAUGGCAGAUGCCACACAGGCCCAGCUGGCCAUGAGCCACCUGAACGGGCAGAAGUUGCACGGGAAGGCGGUGCGCGUCACCCUGUCCAAGCACACCAACGUGCAGCUUCCCCGGGAAGGCCAGGAAGACCAGGGCCUGACCAAGGACUUCAGCAACUCUCCCCUUCACCGCUUCAAGAAGCCCGGCUCCAAGAACUACCAGAACAUCUUCCCACCGUCAGCCACUCUGCACCUCUCCAACAUCCCACCAUCCGUGGUUGAAGAUGACCUGAAGACGCUGUUUGGAAGCUCUGAUUCUUUGGUCAAGGCGUUCAAGUUCUUCCAGAAAGAUCGCAAGAUGGCGCUGAUCCAGAUGGGCUCGGUAGAGGAGGCGAUCCAGUCGCUGAUUGAAUUCCACAAUCACGACCUCGGCGAGAACCACCAUCUGAGGGUGUCCUUCUCUAAAUCUACCAUUUAAGCAGAGCGGAUGGGCGGACGGACGGGCGGCCGGCCGCGAUUGGCUGUCACUUUAGACUUCAACGCUGAACUCGUUCAGAGGGACUUUGUUCACAAGACUCACUUCCAUCAUUCCUUUAUUAAAUAUUUGUCUAUAUGUAGAUCUAUAUGAAACGCCAAUUUGAACCACGCAGAAGAAAAUGAUAUAGGUUUUUAAUUGGCCUUUUUAAGAGUUAAUUUUAGUGAUUUUCCCCCCCUUUCUGUUUUGAGCUGAUAUAAGAGAUCCCAUGUUUGCGCACGGGUGAUCCUCAAGUACAAAUAGUUUACCCCUCUGGUCUCCAGGAUUCCUGUGCUGGGGGCAGUCAGGUUGCACAAUCAUUCAGCCUUUUGCAUUUGUUUGUUGUUCUCUCCUGUCAGGGACUUGUACCACUAGGUCUUGGUGUUUCCAUUGAGUUCUGAAUGUCAGUUCUGCCUCUACAGUGCCCUGUGCCUUACUCGAUACUAUUCCUACUGCUCAUUUCUCCAAUAAGUAAAUGCACUGGCAUUUUUAUAAUUAAUAAUCCCCUUCAGUUAUGACUCCCGGUCGAUUUAAGACGUCUUCACAAAUAUCCUGUUUACAGCUUAUUUCUGUUAAUAUUGCGUGUUUGGAGAUAUGAUGGGGUUUAAACGUCUUGCUAGCGGUUCAUGCAGCUAGGGGCAAUUUUGAGUAGUCCAACUUUCAAUUGGUGUUAUAUGAAAUGAUAGAAAAGUAGUGUUUUUGGGUCAACUUGCAAAGAAAAGUUUGAUUAUUUGUUUUAGUUUGGACCAUUCACUGUCCCAGUUGCAUUAUUUAGCUUUCAAAAAAGAAAGACUCCUUGAAUAGUGGGGUUUAUAUUCCUAUAAAUCUUAUUUACUGUAUCUAUAUUUAGAUUAGAUCAUUUUCAUUCCAUUAUAUUUUUAAAUUUAUGCAAUCGUUUUUUUUUUGUACAAA